GAGAGACGAGAGGAGGAGGAGCGUUGUCAUCGAGAUGUCCUUCAUCUCAGCUCGAGUGCAUUCAGAUCAGACCGGAUCUGAACACAGACGAUCACAGCAAAGUCUCAGUGAAAAUGGGCGUGUCUACAAUGCUACUCUGCCUCGCACACCUUGUGAGUUUAUUGGCUGCCUCUGUAAUGAGUCAUGAAGGGGCGUGUCUACAGGAUGGUCAACACAAGGCCACGCCCAGUCCAGAGUCACACCUGAAGGAGUGUUCACUCUACAGGGAGAAUUCAUGUUGUACGCAGAGUCACAUUCAGGAUCUUUCUGGCUCUCAGGUUGAUUCUGGAUGGGAUAAAUGUGGUCUUCUGUCUCCACUCUGUGAGUCUUUCCUAAAGCGUGUCUCCUGCUUUUACCGCUGUUCACCUGAUGCUUCCCGGUGGCCACACCCACACAGUGACUCCUCCCUGAAGGCGGUGCCUCUAUGCCACAGCUUCUGCAAAGAGUGGUUUGAAGCCUGUAAAACAGACAUGACGUGUGCUCGCGACUGGACCACUGACCCGCAAGGUCAGAACUGUACCGGCAACUGUGUCCCGUACCAGCAGAUGCAUCAGCACGGUCGAGACCUCUGUGAGAGUCUUUGGGGAGAUGCUUUCAUGACUGUCGAAGAUGAUCCCGGGGAGGAAGAUGGGGUCGAAGGUAAUAGCUGCGGUUGUCUGAACCUCAGCCCCUCUGAUCGAGAUGUGAUUGCGGCCCUGAGAGCUCAGCAGGGUGAUCCAGAAGAACUGGACACCACCAAGAGCGGCCUGCCCCAGUACAGAGCUCCCUGUCCCCUGGCACGGCCAGAGAUACGCAGCGCAACGGCGCCACCUCGCACCCGGAGGAGUAACAUCAACUCAGUGCUGCGCAAACGCUCUGUACUGACCGCUGAUAUGGAAGGGAGUGGAAGUGGAUUCUAGAAUGACUCUAGAUCCGCUAACCUAUUAAUGUCCUGAAACACAGGAUAUAAACCUCCUAAAAAGUAGGUUAUGAUUACAUACCAUGACACGAUCAACCAAAAACAAUAGAUUUUCACAGAAAUGCAUCACAUUACAGAAGUUAAAGGGAUCACACCAAAAUAAAAUCAUUAUUUACUCACCUCAUGUUGUUCUGUAUUCUGUUGAACACAAAAGAAGAUAUUUUUAUAAAUGAUGGUAAGCUUUAUUGGACCUCAACAGGUUACAAAUUAAUGUUGCUUCAAAUGAGCCCAAACGAUUCCAACUGAGGCAUGAGGGUCUUAUCUAGCCAAAGAUUGUCAUUGAUUAACAAAUAAAAUAUGCACUUUUAAACCACAACUUUUCGUCUUGCACUAGCCGUGAGUCUCAGCGCGAACUUACAUAUUGUGUAAUCAUGUCGAAAAGUCACGCGUGAUGUAUGCGAAACUACCAAUCCGUGUUUACAAGUGUGGAGAAAGACAUAAAUGUGUUUGAGUCAGUUAAUUGUUCAAAAAGAUCUGAAAUGUGCGUUUCACAUACAGUAGGUAACGUGUGACCUUUUAAUUUGAUUACGUAAUACGUAACGUGGGCUAGCACGUCACACGGCUAGUGCAAGACGAGAAGUACUAUUUUGGUGAAAAUGAUGAUGGUUUUGUUUAACAUACACUGCAAAAAAUGAUUUUCAAGAAAAUAAAAAUAUCUUAAAAAAAAUAAAAAAAUUCUCAAAUUAAGAUGCUUAGGUCUAGUUUUUCUUGAAUUUAGUGUUUAAGAAAAAAAUUCAAUAUUUUUUGCUUACCUCCAUUGGCAGAUUUUUUUUGCUUGUUUAUGCACAAAAUUACGGAGCCCCUAAGGGGACAUGGAGCAAAAAUUAAAUAAAGUUUAGUUUUGCAUGUGCAAACUAUCGCAUGCUCACGUGAAACUUUUGCGUGCGCACUUGAAACUUUUGCGUGCGCACGUGAAACUUUCGCUUUUAAUGUAUGCGUGCGAUAGUUUCACAUGCGCGUGCAAAAGUUUCAGGUGAGAGCACAAAACUAAAAUUAAAAAAAAAAAUCUGCACAUGAAGGUUUUGCGUGAGCACAUGAAACUUUUGCAAACUAAACUUUAGAUUCUUUUUACUCCAAUGUCACCUUUGGAGUAAAAAGCUCGGUUCAAAAUCACUUAAAUUUGAUAUUUUUGGUCUAAAAACUACUUAUUUUCUUGGGUCGUUUUGCUCAUCAAGAAAAAGCAUCUUAAUUUAAGAAUUUUUUGAUAUUUUUUUACUGAUAACAAGACUAAAAUACUAAGAAUUUUUUUUCUUGAAAAUUAUUUUUGCAGUGUAAGACCCUUAUUCCUCGGUUGGGAUCAUUUAAAGGCCUUUGAAGCUGCAUUGAAACUGUAAACUGUUGGGGUCCACUAAGUCUAAUAUAUGGAGAAAAAUUCUGGAUUGUUUUCCUCAAAAAGCAUAAUUUCUUCUCGAUUAAACAAAGAAAGACAUUAACAUCUUGGAUGACAUGGGGGUGAGUAAAUUAUCAGGAUUUUAUUUUUAUGAAAGUGGAGUAUUCCUUUAAGCUAAAUUUUUAUAAACUCAUGGAAUCCCGGACAUAACUCAUUAAAAAUUCAGCUUUUAGUCAGUGAAAGUCUGUGAAUUUGACUUAGAGUAAGAAUACUGCAUUGACUUACAUAAUUUUUCCUACUAUGGAAGUCAAUGGUUACUGUCAACUGUGUGGUUAACAUCAUUUAUCAAAAUUUCUUCUUUUAUGUUUGACAGAGUAAAGAAACUCAUACCGACAACAUGAGGAUGAGUAAAUGAUGACAAAAUUUUCUUUUUUUUUUUUUGGUGAUCUAUCCCUUUAAAUGGAUUGUGAAUGGAGUUUCUCAUUGGGGCAGUUUCCCGGACAGGGAUCAGCUUAAUCCAGGACUAGGCCUUAGUUUAAUUAGGAAAUAAAACUAGUUUUAACAAACAUGCCUUACUAAAAAUAUUACAUGUGUGCAUUUUGAGGCAAAACAAAGAGCACUGAUGUAUUUUAAGAUAUGUCAGUUCAAGUUGUUUUCAGUUUGGACAGCUCUUUAAAAUGUUUAAGUCUAGGACUAGUCUAAUCCCUGUCCGGGAAACCGCCCCAUUGACUUUAAGUAUUUAAUCAGGUGAAAAAAUAUAAAAGGAAUCAGUUUCUGUACCGGUUACUAUAAUUAUAAUAUCAUGAGAUUUCUGGUCUUACUUUUAGACUGGGAUUUCAUGAUCAACCAGUCCAUAUACACUGCAAAAAAUGACUUUCUUACUUAGUAUUUUUGUCUUGUUUUCAGUACAAAUAUCUAAAAAUACUUACAUUAAGAUGUUAGAAACAAGACAAACAUACUAAGAAAGUUAUUUUUUACAUUGUAUUAUAUAACAUCACAUACAAAUUAAACAUACACACACACUCUUGUAUCUUAUCUUUGUAUCUUAAGUGUAAAUGUCUUUGAGAGGCAUUUAGUAUAUUCGUAUUAUUAGUAUAAUAUAAUCCAGUUGUGAUUUGGGAUAAGUAUUAAAAGACAGAUUAUGUUAAGUGUAUUCACACUGAUAUACAUAACAAUAAUCCUAAAAGAAUGUGUUUGAGCAGAUGUGUUUAAAGUGAGUAAAUCUGAUUGUGCUUGGCUCUGUUCAAUGUUUAGUUAACAUGAAAAUGGUUGUGUUAUGUUUAUGUCAAUGAACAGUGUGUGAACGUGAGGGAUUAGAUGUUUUAUAAUCUGUCUUCAUUUUAGAUCAAUAAAAAUCAAUUUAUUUGUU